GAGAAGUCCCCCGCAUACGUAAAUCUUUCGAGCUCCCCCUGGUUCUUUGCGUGGGCACGCUACGUAGCCGUCUCUGACUCAAGGAGGAAUGUCCAGGAGAGAUGUGACAAUAGACAGAAGUUGCAGCACCAGUGUUAGCUCCAGUAUGAGUUUUGGACAGUGUCAUUAUACAGCAGAUGAGUACCAGGCCAUCCAGGCUGCCCUGCGGCAGAAACUGGGCCCAGAAUACAUCAGCAGCCGACAAGCUGGUGGAGGACAGAAGGUUUGCUACAUUGAGGGACAUAGAGUUGUCAGUCUGGCCAAUGAGAUGUUUGGUUACAAUGGCUGGGCUCAUUCAGUCACUCAACAGAAUGUUGAUUUUGUUGAUCUAAAUAAUGGCAAGUUCUAUGUGGGUGUCUGCGCCUUUGUAAAAGUCCAGCUUAAGGAUGGGUCAUAUCAUGAAGAUGUUGGCUACGGAGUAAGUGAAGGCUUGAAAUCUAAGGCCUUAUCUCUGGAAAAAGCAAGGAAGGAGGCAGUUACAGAUGGACUGAAAAGAGCACUGAAGUGUUUUGGUAAUGCGCUUGGGAACUGCAUCCUGGACAAAGACUACUUGAGAUCGGUGAAUAAGCUUCCCCGUCAGAUGCCCCCAGAUUUGGAUUUGAGCAAUGCUAAAAGACAGGACUUUGAGCCUGCUGUGGAGAAGGCAAGAUACAGUAGCUGUUUACAAAAGGAGCGUGAAGACCAGCAGCAAUUUGCCACAGCUACUUCUGGCAAAUCUGACCAAUCAGAACCUUCCCUGAGCACUUCUGAACAAGAUCGAGAAAACAGCAGAGUGUCACUGCCCUUGGAGGAUGAUGCCACAUACCAGCGGAAGUUACGGCAGAAGCAACUGCAGCAGAAGUUUAGGCAGCAGAUGCAGAAGAAAGAGCAGCUUAAAUCAAAUGCUCCAGCUGGUCAAGCUGGCAACCAAGAGCACAGUACUCCAGCCCAGCUGGAACCCACUUUGGAAGAGGAGUUCCUUGCAGAUGACCCUGGGCUAUGGGACUUGCCCUUGGAGGCCACUGACCCCAGUGUUACUAAUCACAACGCAGCAUCUACUGUGCCAGCUCAGCAUCCGGGGCAGUAUCAGAUGGUGACUCGCAGCAGAACACCUCAAAGAAUAAGCCAUCAAAGAAUAUAUGUGAACCCUGGAUCUUGCCAGGCAUCCAUUAGUCUCAAAACUUACUCAUCAGCCGAAUGCAGUCCGUACAGAAGGAGUCAAGGCAUGAAGAAGAGAAGAUUGGACCCCUCUUAGCACAACAUGGAAUAUACUUGACUUCGCUGUGUCUGCCAGUUUGGUUCAGCUGCAAUUUCAGAAUGUGAAAUAUUCCUUUACUAGAUGGACAUCCAAACAGCACAUAUAGAAAGAAAAAAAUGUAUAUAGAGUUUGCAAGAUUACAUUGAAGGUUUAAAAUCAUGUUAUUCCUAAACUGCCUUUAAAUCACAACCCUAGUAUCUUAUCCUGGCUUGACACAAACUCAGAUUCAAGUACAAUACUAUCGGGUUUUUUGGCCAUUUUUCCUUAGUUUAAUUGAAGGCCACCUUUUUAUAACUAGUAUGAGUCUUGUGGUACAAGAUGCUGUUUGCUCUGUGCUUAAGGAACAGGGUAAGCUAAUUUUAAAUCAGUUAUUUGCUCUGUAAAAAUUCAUAAGGAACAACAUAUCAAAUAGUUGAAAGGCACUUACCACAUUUUAAAGCUGUAGUUCUGAAACCAAGUUUUUGUGCAAUAAACUCGCUUUAAGCGUUUGCUCCUCUUGGAUGUCAAACUGUUAAAAUUAUACAAUGCUAACCCAUUUAUUAAAGCAAUUAAAUGAAAGCUUUGAUUAGUAAAAAGUCCUGCCCCCAAGUUUUCAGUUAACCUUUGGCAUUUUCAGAUAAUAGAAAUCUCUUUAACCAUGUACAACUUGGAGAUCUACUUUUUGGCCAUAUAGCCUUCCCUUGUGCUCUUGAAUAUUUGAAAUUAAGAAAAAAAUAGUGGUAUAAUUAUUUUUAUAGACACUAACUUAAAGCCAGUGUGAAGGGAUCUUCCUAUAAUUUCUAAACAAAAGCUAUCUAGUACACUGCUAUAGAUCAGGGCUAUAGAGUGGAUAUGAUCCCUUUGUUAACCAAAUCCUACCUUAGCUCCUCCUGCAGUAUCAAUACUUCACAGCUUAUACUAGCCCAGAAGUUUUGUUUUGUUUUAUGAAACUGCAGUGGGAGCUGAAAGUUCAAUCUCUGUUUUAUACUAUUUGGAAUUUGGAGCCCUGGGUGAUUAUUUCCCUUUAAAAUGUCUUUAUUAUUAGCAGUCCUGUUUGGAGUUUUUAAACUGUAAUUUUUAUGGGGUUUAUAUCUGUAGUGUUUGUUAUAAUGUUGUAUUUAUAUUGCAAGCCUACUUGAAUUCUGCAAGAGAGAAAGGUGACUAAUAAGAAUUACUCAGGGUCAUAUUUUGUUUGCAAGCAAUAAAUCUUUGGCCUCUGACACACA